CCCCAGCGGCCGUCCGUCAUCCGCCCGCGCAACUUGACCGUCUGGAGAGAGACGUCAGCACAGCAGCCCUCGGACCACAGUCUCCAACGUCAGUACGCGGAAAUCGCCAACCCGACCACCACCACCGCACACGAUGCCGUUGGACGAUUACGCCUCAGCUGUCGGUGGCGGCCUCAAGCUCAAGGGCGCCAAGGUCGGCAAGCCCAAGAAGAAGAAGAGAAGGGAAAAGAGCGACCUCGAGAAAAACCUCGAAACGGGCGACGAAGACGGCGGCGUCGGUUCUACUAGUGGCGCUUUGGUGAAGCGUCGCGAUGAGGCUGGGGACGAAGACGACGACAGGAAAAAGAAGUCGAGAAAGAGACGCGGGAGCGAAGACCCCCCGGUUACCGAGGCAGAAGAGGAUCGAGACGACGAUAGUCGGGUGGUGCACAAGACGGAGGCGGAGCGCCGGUACGAGGAGAGGAAGCGAAAGAGGCUCCUUGAACUCGCCGAGUCGUCUAGCUCCCGACCCGAACUUCUCAAGACGCACAAGGAGCGGGUUGAAGAACUUAAUACCUAUCUGUCCAAGCUGAGCGAGCAUCACGACAUGCCCAAGAUAGGACCCGGCUAAAGACAGAAAAAGAAAAAAAAGAAGAAGAACAGAAAGGGGUUGGUAUCGUCGCCCCGUGUGCAUAUUUGGGAUGGAGUUUAUUUUGAUUCAAAAUGGCUGGCGUUAUGUAUACCCCUUCAAAGCUGUCGGGAUAAGUCUUUCUUGGACGAAAACAUACCCGACCAAGGUUCCUCAUCACGUUGCAGCAAAUAUGUAGUCCAAUUUGGCAACAAGUGAAACAAAACUUUACCGCCGGGAUCACCUGGAAUGCGACACCUGGAAUGCGGCAAUCUCUUAGUCAGCUUAUGUCUACUCCUCAGGUUGCUUCCAAUGACUCGAAGCGUCUCAAUCUUGGGAAUGUCAAAUUUUAGUUUGAUUAGUCUUAACGAUAUGUUGGUUUGCUUUGUGUUGGUAUUGCCCAAGGCGUUAACAUGAUGCCUGGGCUUCCCUCCCCAGCCCCGAUGGCAUGCCUAAUUUUGAUUUGCCAAGUGCCUCUUGCAUGUCUAUCAUCCUCCAAAUAUCGGUUUGUAGCCGCGCAAAGUCUAUGUGUCAGGUGUUUUGUGUGUUGUGUCGCACACCAGUUGAUGCAAUGAGUGAAUUGAGACCGUGAGUGUCGUGAGUAAGUAAUGCUGAUGUGGAUGUGUAUGUGCUGCCGCCCGCUGCCUUCU